GCACCGAGCGGGCCGCGCCGCAGGGAUGCUCGCCCCGCUCCUGGGCUCCGCGGGCUCCGGCUGGCUGCUGCUGGGUGGGGUCUCAGCCAAAUCCCAUAAAAGUCCUUUGAAGUCUUUCCAUUGAUUUUACUGGUAGUUGGAUCUCACUGGGCUUUAGACUGAGCAGUAAUCAGCACAAAAGAGUUUGCCGUUUCGCUCGCGGAGAAGAUGCAGGCUCAGGAAAUCCUACGGAGCCUGCGGCUCCCCGAGUUUGACGACCUCAGCCAGUUUUUCCGCAACCUGCCGGCCUCGGCGCUGGUGGGCAUCGGUGCCUUUGCGGCCGUCGUCGCCUACUGGUUUGCCAGCCGGCCCAGGGCCGUGAAACCGCCCUGCGACCUGCGGAUGCAGUCGGAAGAAGUUGAGGGCCUGGCCGGGGCGCGCCGGUCGGUGAUCGGGGACAGCCCGCAGCUGCUGACGCACUACUACGACGACGCCAGGACCAUGUACGAGGUCUUCAGGAGGGGAUUCAGCAUCUCCGAAAAUGGGCCCUGCCUGGGGUUCAGGAAGCCCAAGCAGCCCUACCAGUGGCUGUCCUACAAGGAGGUGGCUGAAAGAGCAGAAGCUCUGGGUUCAGGGCUUCUUCGGCAGGGCUGCAAGCCAUCCACGAAGCAGUUCAUUGGGGUCUUUGCUCAAAACCGUCCAGAGUGGAUCAUUUCCGAGCUGGCUUGCUACACCUACUCCAUGGUGGUGGUUCCCCUCUAUGACACUUUAGGUCCUGGAGCCAUUCGUUACAUCGUCAACACAGCUGACAUUUCCACAGUCAUUUGUGACAAACCUGAAAAAGCCAGAAUACUCCUCGACCACGUGGAGAGGAGAGAAACGCCAGGUCUGAGCUCCAUCAUCCUGAUGGACCCGUUUGAGAAGGAGCUGACAGAGAGAGGGAGACACUGUGGAGUUCGCAUCCAGACCAUGCAGGAGGUGGAGGACUGUGGCCGUGAGAGUCGACAUGUGCCUGUGCCCCCUCGACCAGAAGAUCUAUCAAUUGUCUGUUUUACUAGUGGCACUACAGGAAACCCCAAAGGUGCUAUGCUGACUCACGGGAACGUGGUUGCUGAUUUUUCAGGCUUUUUGAAAGUGACGGAGAAAGUGAUCUUUCCGAGACAGGACGAUGUGCUCAUCUCCUUCCUGCCUCUGGCUCACAUGUUUGAAAGAGUUAUACAGGUAAGAAACUUGCCUGAACUGACGAGGCCUCGUGGGGCUCCUUGUGUUUUCUUCCAGAGUCAGUGGUCUCCUACUUGUGAGGAUGUACACAUUUCCUAUUUGCCUUUAGCACACAUGUUUGAGAGAAUGGUACAGUCUGUAGUAUACUGCCAUGGAGGGCGAAUUGGGUUCUUUCAAGGAGAUAUUCGUCUCUUAUCUGACGAUAUGAAAGCAUUGCGUCCAACCAUCUUCCCUGUCGUGCCGCGGCUGUUAAACAGAAUGUAUGAUAAGAUCUUCAGCCAGGCAGAUACGUCCCUCAAGCGCUGGAUUCUGGAAUUUGCUGCAAAACGGAAAAAGGCUGAAGUUCGAAACGGGAUCAUUAGAAAUGACAGUUUGUGGGAUAAACUUUUCUUUAAUAAAAUACAGGCAAGUCUCGGUGGAUGCGUUCGCAUGAUAGUAACUGGUGCUGCCCCAGCGUCUCCGACUGUCCUGGGCUUCCUCCGGGCAGCCCUCGGAUGUCAGGUUUACGAAGGUUAUGGCCAAACAGAAUGCACAGCUGGAUGCACCUUUACGACCCCAGGUGACUGGACAUCAGGUCAUGUAGGAGCCCCUUUGCCCUGUAACUUAAUCAGAUUGAAGGAUGUGGAAGAGCUGAAUUAUUUUGCUUCCAAAGGAGAAGGAGAGAUAUGUGUGAAAGGACCAAAUGUUUUCAAAGGUUAUCUGAAAGAUGAAGAGAAGACAACUGAAGCGCUGGACCAGGAGGGCUGGCUUCACACCGGAGACAUUGGGAAAUGGUUACCUAAUGGGACUCUUAAAAUUAUUGAUCGGAAAAAGCAUAUUUUUAAACUUGCUCAGGGAGAAUAUAUUGCACCGGAGAAGAUAGAGAAUAUCUAUAUCCGCAGUGACCCUGUUGCCCAGAUCUAUGUCCAUGGAGAUAGCCUGCAGGCCUUUCUGGUAGGAAUUGUGGUGCCCGAUUCUGAAGUAAUGCCAGGCUGGGCAAAGAAAAGGGGGUUUGAUGGAACAUAUACAGAACUCUGUAAAAAUAAGGAACUGCAGCAAGCGAUAAUGGAAGACAUGGUACGGUUAGGUAAGGAGAGUGGACUUCAUUCCUUUGAGCAGGUCAAAGCCAUUUACAUUCAUUCUGAUAUGUUCUCAGUACAAAACGGUUUGUUGACACCAACAUUAAAGGCUAAGAGACCAGAACUAAGAGAUUACUUCAAAAAACAAAUAGAAGAGCUAUAUUCAAGCAUCUCCAUCUGAAACCACGGGAAGAAUGUUCUGAAUAAUGGACUUCAUAGCAAUAUUAGAGUAACACUCAAAAAUACAGAGCCAGAAUGACACAGCUGAAAUGGAUAAGCAUCUGAAUCUUAUAUUUGAGCCUUUCAUUGUUCUAGGAUUUCAUCACUAACCAUAAUUUUCCUUCUUUUUUCCAUCAGGUCUGAUACAAUUCAUUUUUUACUCUAUGUACACAAUAGGGUACUACUAAGGAUUAUGCUAAAUUGCCACAAAACUUACAGAAAUUUCAAUCUAUGACCAAGUAAAUUAUGGAAACUUAUUAAUAACUACAAACAUUUCUAAUUAAAAUAGGGAAAAUUUCAGGUAUGUCUGUUUGAUAUUUGAUUGUAUAUAACUUAAUACAUUAGAAACUAAAACUGUGGAUAAUUCAAUAAUGUGGUCUACCUCAAACAAUCAGUGAUUGAUGGUGAAAGUCUAUUUUCCCUGAUCUGGAACUUCAAGCUGGAUAUUGGUUUAUAUAUAAAAGUGAUAGUUUUUAUAUUUUCCAGGACAUAAAUUACAUUGAUUUGAUUUAAUCAUUAAUGACCUAACAAACAACCAGAAUAGAAACAGGAAUGAAUCUCCUGCUAUUUGUACUUAAUAGACCUAUUAUUAUAUUACAUCUAAGGGAUUAACAUUACCUUGAAAUUACAAGAACGGGUUAGGAAGCGAUAGGAUAGAAUUUCCUCUAUUUCCUUUUCAUCUGAACUCAGUUUAUACAUGGCAUGCUGGUUUUACAUUAGGGCCUCCUUCAGCACAGUACACUCACGGACAUCUGAACUGCUCAAACUGAGAAGGUUGCAAAAGCAUCGCUGGCUCUGUGGCGGCUUUCUGUGGGAGUUCACGUUAACCCACAUGCUCCCAGUCCCUAAUUUAUUACUUUACAUGCUGCUAAUACUGCGUAGUCCAGUUGGACUAACUCCCUUUCAGAAAACAGUGCUAAGGAAAUGGAGCACAAGGUCUAAGCUGCGAUUCUGAAUGGGGCUUAGCAAAACAGAUUGGUUUGGGAGAAAGGCCAGCCUGAGAUGCAGCAGUGGAGGGCAUCCUUCGGCUGGCUGUGGAAGAGGAAGAAAUACUGCUCCAAAAGGCCCACAGGGAUGGGCGAAAGGCUGUGUUAGCCAGUGCUGUUGGAAGGUGUCAUGGUACGGUAAAAUAUUGGACGUGGUUGCAGAAAGGCCUGCUAAGAAAGCAUUUCUACGUUCAGAUGUCUAGAAGCCUCAGUUCCCACUGUCAUCACUUCCAGUGGCCUCUCUGGAAUGAACAGCAAGUUGUCUGGAUGAAACCUGAGAUUUCACGAUCAGCUGCAGCCAUUAGAAAGGGGAUAAGUCCCAUGUGGAACAGGAACAGACUCUAGAGCUCUCUCCUGAUAUAAAGCACGGUACAAAACAAUAAGAAAACUGUAACAUCAAGUCACUUGAAUACUUGGACUGUUGGUGGCUUCCUUCUGCUAAACAGGGUCCUAAAUAUAUAUGUGUAUUUUAAUAGCUGCUGUUUGUUGCACCAGUGCAUACUAGCAUGGAGCUGUGCCUGCUAGAUCUUCUUUGCUAGGACAGUGAAAGCACACUUAUUUUCUCUCUUAAACUGGAAUCCCCUGUAGACUUUUGAAGCUAAAAGUUUAAAUUUUUAAUCUAAAUGAUCUCUUAUUUUCCCUCUGAAAUUCUAUUGCAUGCUUCAAAAUGAAAUAAAUUGAAUUAAUGAGUUAGUGUUACACGAAGACUGAUUUAUUGCAGUGAUUUCAGAACAAAAUGAUACAACAGAAACCGUAUCAGCUAACAUAAUCACUCAUAUAAAGAACACAGUGAUUUAUCAAAUGUGCAAGUAUUUGUCUGAAUCCCUUUUUGCGCCUGAUUCCUCAUUUGAUUCCAGUGCAAUGACUCAUAUCAGUCCAAAGCAAGUAAGAAAUGCUGUUACUGUGAUCUGAUGGUGUUGUACAUUCAUCUUUCAUCAAUGUACACAGCAACAGUAUCCCUGGGGAAUUUGUGUCUGCCGCGUCUACAGAGGAUAGGAAUUACUCUAUAAAAUCUGGCUCUUUACGUCAAGUCAUAAAGGAUUUUCAUCUCUGCGGAGUCUAGUUCAUCACCUUUUUGUAUCGGCCAAAACAGUCAUUACAUACACAUGCUUCAAAGCUAUGAAGAAUUAGUGCGAUUUCCUGUCUUAAUGCGACAUACUUUUAAAAUAAAAAAAAAUAACUAGUCAUUGAAAGAAGAACAGAAAAGCUAUUUUCCACUGACCUUUCUCUACCACAUGAAUUUAAUUUAUUUUUCUUCUAAGAUGAUUUCAGUUUACCAGACUUUUCUAGAUAACUAAACUCUGACUUUAUAUAAGUAUAGAAGUUCCCAAGAUGAGUUUAUUUAUGGCUUAGAUGGCUGGUAUUUUUAAGUAUAUAGUGCUGAAUAAUGUAUCGGUAUUCUUCUUUCAGUAUUUGAUGCAAAAUGUCAGAUGCACUAGACCCAAAGAUAUGAACGCCAAACAAAUAAGAAAAAACAGUCUUGGCCACGCUAGGAUGAUGCAAAAUUUGGGAGGAAUUGUGUUGUCACACCAAAAGCGUGACUGCUUUCAGAACUUGUGAAAAGCUGUACAAAUAAACUAAAAGCUCUCUUUAAUACUUUCUUGCGUAAUCAGAUUUUCCUCUGCAGGUCACUCUCUCUCGCCACAAUCGUAGCAAUGUUGUAAGAGAUUAAAACUUGAAAGGAACACGUGCGUAACGCGUGAGCUAGGCACAAACAUGCUUCUCUUCAAAUUCCAGGAACGUUUAUCUUGCAUUGAGCUUUCUUAAACUGAAAUACUUCUUAUGGCCACCAGGGAAAAAUCCCCUGGGCUGUCCAAUAACCAGUUUUGGGUUUUUUUCCUCAAGAUAACUAUUUACAAAAUUAAUUUCUAAUAUUCAUCUUAUUGAAAGAGUUGAGACUCAAGCACUGUUGCAUAAAUGGCAACGCAAGUUACCCUUCUCUGUAAAGAGCCCUGUUCUUGAUGGCUUCAGGAUGACGGGUUUUAACUAAUCACUGUCAUCUGGGGGCUCAUUCCACAAUCAAUUAAUGAAAAAAUCCAGCAAGCCCACUGAAAUGAGCACAGCUCCGGUCUGCCGCUGCAGGUGGGAUCAGUGCUGGUCGGAGUCAGGCGCCCGUGACGGGGCUGUGACUCGGUGUCGGUCGCCUUGAGCAGCCCAGUGAGAGGAAGGAGGUUUGCACCCUCUCCCCCGAAGGCGUACGCUGCAGUCGGUGUGCUGCGGGCUGAGGUACCGUAUUCUCGGAGAUUUUAAAAACGGGAGGUUCUUCCUGGGCCUGGUGCUAUGCCUGUGAAAUCACUGGAAGACUGCGUCCAGUGCUCAUACAAGAAAACCAGAAUAAAAUAGAUUUUUCCAGGGAGAGAAUAUUGCUUAGUUAUACAUUUUGUAUGUUCUUUGCUCAAUAUAUGGCACAGUUCUGGCACAGAAAUGGUCGAAGACACACAAAAGUGUGAGCAGAAACCACACCAGACAGUCUUAACCCCAUGUUGGCAGGAAAUACACAGCAUUAUUCUGUCCUGAAAAGCAUAUUUGCAGGUUAAAAUGGUUGAUGCACAUCAGGUGAGAGAGAGAGACGGUGAGUCGUUUAUUGAUAAAGUACUAUUUUGCAAUCUGUCAUCACUGUUAGUAAGUAUAUAUCAGCAUCAGUAAAGUCCAGUGUCAUUUUUGCCAUGAAUAUGAAAUUCUUGCAUAUAACAGAAAAUAAUCUGACUUAAUCUUCUGGAAUGAAACAAAGUAACUUAGAGGGUUUUUUUGUUUGUUUGUUUUUAUUUUCCAUGUGUUAAAAGCACAAACUGGUGAUCUAUAUGUAAAUAAACUGCUACAAGAUGAAUGUAAACUGGGAAAGAAUAUACUAUUUUUGCAUGGUAACAGAUUACUUAAAGACCUCUUGAUGCCUUACAGAAAAUUUGGAAAAGCAUUUUAUUUAGAGGCAAUUCUAUCUGCGUACUUUUUGUAUCUUUAGCUCACUUGGGGUUUGUCUGUGGAAAAAAAAAAAGAUAUCGGAAUUAGAUCUUUGUUUCUUCUUGGAAUUAACAUUCUUCAGUACUUUGCACAUUCAGUGGUUUCUAUGCCACUUUUAUUCCUGUUAAAUGAUGAAGCUGAAGCUAUGCUUUUCAGAGGAGAAAUCUGGAUGCUUGUAGUCUGGGAGGGAAAAAGUUUUAGAUCCCUGGAAUUGUUCCAAAAUAAAAUGUUUUCUGAGGCAUCUAGAGCCCCUUUAAGCCCUUCACUUCAUUUCAGCUUUUUGUUAUGUAUUUUAGCAAAGUACAAGCAGCGAACAAAUGAGGCAUUUUCGUACGUGUUGCCUAUUCUAUUUUCAACUGAAAGUGAAGGGGUUAAAAUAUAACAUACAUUGGUGUAAAAAAAAAAUCUUAACUGUAAUUAAAGAUUUUUCAGUUUUGGUAUAUUAGCAUGUAUAUCAAAAAGUCAUCUAUGGAAACUUUUGUAAAGAAUUAAAUUGUCAAAUUUCUCAAAACUGCUCAUAAGAUUUUCUCGUGGACUGAUAUACAAUAAAAGCUCUUUUAUAAAAUCUGUUGUUACUCCAGCACUCUGUCCUCACAAUCGGUAUGAAGUCGUUCAGAAUGCGUGCCUAUACAAAAUGUGUUGUAAAAAAAAAUAUAUAUAUACGUAAGAUAACAUAACGACCAAAGGAAUAUUGGAACCUGAGAUUGGUUUUAGCAAUCUUCUACGAAAAAAUUGUUGCAAAGUUCUCUGAAGAUGCAGCAGUCUUUCUGUAAUGGUUUCUUUUUUUUUUUAUUUUAAAUCAAUAAUAAUAUAACCAAAUGUAUAUGCUUGUUUAAUAUGAAUUGACAAUUGGGAAUGCAUAGUAUUUUUUCAGACUAUGUGUCUAAAACAAUAAAGUUUAAAAGCAUUCA